CCAGGCGCAGGCGCAGUGCGGUGUUUGUCUGCCGGACUGACGGGCGGCCGGGCGGUGCGCGGCGGCGGCGGGGAAGAUGGCGGCGUCCUCCCUGGAGCAGAAGCUGUCCCGCCUGGAAGCAAAGCUGAAGCAGGAGAACCGCGAGGCCCGGCGGAGGAUCGACCUCAACCUGGAUAUCAGCCCCCAGCGGCCCAGGCCCAUUAUUGUGAUCACUCUAAGCCCUGCUCCUGCCCCGUCCCAACGAGCAGCCCUGCAGCUCCCGCUGGCUAAUGAUGGGGGCAGCCGCUCACCGUCCUCCGAGAGCUCCCCACAGCACCCCACACCCCCUGCCCGGCCCCGCCACAUGCUGGGGCUUCCGUCAACCUUGUUCACACCCCGCAGCAUGGAGAGCAUCGAGAUUGACCAGAAACUGCAGGAGAUCAUGAAGCAGACGGGCUACCUGACCAUCGGGGGCCAGCGCUACCAGGCAGAAAUCCAUGACCUGGAGAACCUGGGCGAGAUGGGCAGUGGCACUUGUGGCCAGGUGUGGAAGAUGCGCUUCAGGAAGACAGGCCACGUCAUUGCUGUCAAGCAAAUGCGGCGCUCCGGGAACAAAGAGGAGAACAAGCGGAUCCUCAUGGACCUGGACGUGGUGCUCAAGAGCCACGACUGCCCCUACAUCGUGCAGUGCUUCGGGACCUUCAUCACCAACACGGAUGUCUUCAUCGCCAUGGAGCUCAUGGGCACGUGCGCUGAGAAGCUCAAGAAGCGGGUGCAGGGCCCCAUUCCUGAGCGGAUCCUGGGCAAGAUGACAGUGGCGAUCGUGAAGGCACUCUACUACCUGAAGGAGAAGCAUGGCGUGAUCCACCGUGACGUCAAGCCCUCCAACAUCCUGCUGGACGAGCGGGGCCAGAUCAAGCUCUGUGACUUCGGCAUCAGCGGCCGCCUCGUGGAUUCCAAGGCCAAGACGCGCAGCGCCGGCUGUGCCGCGUACAUGGCCCCCGAGCGCAUAGACCCCCCGGACCCCACCAAGCCGGACUAUGACAUCCGAGCCGAUGUGUGGAGCCUGGGCAUCUCCUUGGUGGAGCUGGCGACGGGACAGUUUCCCUAUAAGAACUGCAAGACGGACUUCGAGGUCCUCACCAAAGUCCUGCAGGAGGAACCUCCGCUCCUGCCCGGUCACAUGGGCUUCUCAGGGGACUUUCAGUCCUUCGUCAAAGACUGCCUUACUAAGGAUCACAGGAAGAGACCAAAGUAUAAUAAGCUACUUGAACACAGUUUCAUCAAGCGCUACGAGAUGCUGGAGGUGGACGUGGCGUCCUGGUUCAAGGAUGUCAUGGCGAAGACCGAGUCACCGAGGACUAGCGGAGUCCUGAGCCAGCACCACCUGCCCUUCUUCAGGUAGCCACGUGCUAGCGGCCAGCCCCACCGGGGCCGGGGGCAUGGCCACAGGCCCCCCUUCCCCACCUGGUCACCCAGCUGCCCGCCAGGGGAGACCUGGGAUCUGGACGGCUGCCGAGGGCUGAGGACAGAAAGUAGGGGGUGCCGACCCACCCCUAACUCGCUGCCCGCCAGCCGUGGACAGACGGGCUCGCCAGGCCCCAGCCCUUCCCCUCCCGGGGUCAGCCGGCCGUGCGCGUCCCCCUGACAGACACUGUGAACGGAAGACAGCAGGCCACGA